CUUAAAAGUCAAAAUAAAAUAACCAAAAACAACCAUGUGCGUAGCAACCGCACACGGUGUUUGAUUGCUAUUUUUACCCAAUACACGUGUGAUUUGUGCAAUGGAUUACGUGUUAGGUGGUGUAGCAGCAUUAAUUACCGGGAACGUGACACCAAACAGGCCUAGACUUUCAAAGAGAGCUCUAACGCCAACUAAACACCAACCUUCGCCGAAUGUAACUCCCAAGAGUGAAUUUGUUGAAGACAGGUCCAUAUUUCUUUCACCAAGCAUGCAGAAGAAGAAGGCUAUAGUCAAGAAGUCUCCAAAGAGAAUAUUCCAGAAUCCUGAUUUGGAAACAACGGAGAAUGAAGAGGGUAAUUCAACCCUGGCCAGUCCAUUGGCAGACAAAGUUAAGAAACAUUUGAAAGACGAUUUGGAAGCUGACAGUGCGGUAAACAAAAGUCUAACGCCUCAAAAAUCUCCUAAAAAGAAGUCAAAUAGCAAAAACGAGUCUGUAACACAGGGCAGUGAUAAAAUUGUGAGUGAGCAAAAAAGUAAUGAAAACACACCGAAGAAAAAGAAAAGAAAACACAUUUCUGAAUCACAAUCCACAGAAAACGUGGCGGAGACCCAAAUCACAGAGACUGUUGGUACACAAGAAGCUGUAAGUCCUAAGGAAGGGAAAAAGAAACGCAAAUCAGUCUCAGAAGCAGAAGGUGGCAAUGAAAAUAUUACCUCAGAGUCUAUCACAGAACCUCAAUCAUCCCUAGCUGAUUCCAAGAGUCCUAAAAAACAAAAAAUAAUCAAUAAUUCAGAUAAUUCAGACAAAGACAAGGAAACUCCAGUUCCUGCCAACACGACAAAAAAGAAAAAUAAAAGACGCAAGAAGAAGUCUAAAGCAGGAAUAGAAGCAGCAGCAACAGUAGCAACAGCAGCAAGUGAAGAGAAAGCAGCAGAGAAUGAAUCUGAAGAAACAAAUAAAGAAAAUAUUCAAACAGAUAAUCAGGGACCAACGAAAAAGAAAAAUAAGCGUAAGAAAUCAAAAGGAAAAGGAAAUAAACCAGAAAUCAAAGCAAUUGAAGAGAAGCCAGCUGUUGAAGAUGAUGAUAAUAACAAUGACGGUGAUACCAGUGAUGAUGAUGACUUAGAAAAUCAAGAAUCAAGUACAGUCAAUCCAAAUGCUAUUACAGAUAAAGAAUCAGAAUCAGAACAUGAAUCAGAUGAUGACAUAGAUUCAGAAAACGAAGAAACAAAUAAAAAAGUCUUUGAAUCUGAGAAACCAGAUGAAAGUUCUGAGGAUGAGGAAGAGGAAAAAGAAAAAGAGACUGUCAAGGAACAGAAAGAAGUGACAAAGAAGGAGAAGCCCAAAAAAGAAGAAGUAAAUGCAGAGGAUGAAAUUAAAAGGACUCUAUUUGUAGGCAAUGUACCAUUUAGUGCUAAAUGUAAAAAGGAAAUUAAGAAGAUUUUUAAUAAACAUGGACAAAUUGAGACUAUAAGGAUUAGAACAGUACCAAUAAAAGAUGGCCGGUUCACUCCGAAGCUGGCUUUGAUCAAGAACGAGUUGCAUCCAGAGAGGACCACUGUCAAUGUGUACAUUAAAUAUGCUGAUGCUGAGUCUGUUGAGAAGGCUCUGUGUGAGAACAACAGCGUCCUGCAGGAGCACCACCUGCGCGUGUCCCGCAGCGACGUGUCGGGCGCCGCGCACGACCCGCGCUGCGCCGUGUUCGUGGGGAACCUGCCCUUCGCGAUGGAGGACGACGCCUUGCGGGCCAAGUUCGACAAGUGCGGGGCCAUAGAGUCCGUCAGGAUCAUCAGGGAUAAGAAGACUAAUGCGGGGAAAGGUUUUGGCUACGUGAACUUCGAAUCAAAAGACGGCGUAGAACUAGCCCUUGCUUUAACAGAAGAAGAUUUAACAGUCAAGAACAGAAUAUUGCGCGUGAAGCGAUGCACACUGGGCACUGACAAGAAGAGACCAGCCAACAACCAGCAAAGAGGCAGCCAGGGGAACCAGGAUAGACCACAAAGGGGAGGGUUCAAACAGGGAGGGGGGAGGGUUAGCCAGGGUAACAGACAAAGAGCGUUUGGACCCCCGGGCAACCAGCAAGGUGGUAGAUUCAACAGCGGUGACCAGGGCAACCAGCAAAGAGGCAGAUUCAACAGAGCUGACCAAGGCAACCAGCAAAGAGGCAGAUUCAAUUCUGAAGGCAACCAGCAAAGAGGUAGAUUCAAUGCUGCUGGUGACCAAGGGAAUCAGAGGGGAGGGUUCAAGAAGUUUGAUAACCAGAGGAAUCAAGGACAGAAGGAUGAGGAGGGCCGCGAGGGUGCCUUCAGAAGAAUUAUGCAAAAGAGGAAAAACGAAGGUACUGGUCCCAGUGACGGGCCUCCGAACAAGAGGCCGAAUAUAAAUCAGCCCAGCAAAGAGAAGAAAGUCAGGAAGGAAUUCGUUGGAAUGACCGCAGAAAAGAAAAAGAAACAUAAGUUUGACAAAGGCCAAAAGAAGAAGAAGGCACUGAGCGAGAUUCUAACGAAAUAGUGUGAUAUGAUGCUUCCAACCGAGUAUGUAACUUAUUAUGUUGAAUAUAUAUUAAAAUGUGAUACCUUUUAAUAAAA